AUUUCGAAGCGACUAGCUCUUUUUACCUUCAAUUUAAUAGUUUCGUUCUGUAACAAAAGUGCUUGGCGUCAAGUAAAGAAACCAAGAAAGCCAUUUAAAAUUAUGUUGUUGUAAUAUUUGAACGCGCAUCAUACGUUACUUUUUGCUGACCUUCUAUGCGUGGGAGACCUUCUCAUAGGCUUGUUUCGUUGCAUUUUGGUUGAGUUGGAAAAAAAGAGCUCUAAUAAUGACGUUAACCUUUUGCCAACGGUAUUUCUAUCGAGGAAAAUGUUACUAUUGUCGUAAUGUCAUAAAUUGUAUACAUUUCAUUCAUUCAAAACUUGGCUCAAUGCCUUUGCGUGGGGAGAAAUACAACCGGAUACGAUUCCCAUCGGCGAUAGGGGAAACGCAGUUUCAAUGCCACACGCCAUAGGGAAAUCAAUGUUAAGGCUAUCAACCUCCAGGUUUCUAUACGCGACCAACAUUGAUGAUAUCCACUAAAAUCGAAGUUUGCUUUUAUUGUUUUAGGUUGGAAUUUGUUGACACUACAUUUGAGUCGCGCUGCAAAUGUCAUUGAACAAAAGCUGAGUGAUUUGCGAGAGAGCAGAAUAGCCCGUGCGCACAGAGUCUUGACAAUUUCGGUAAGCGCAAGAGUAAAAUUUCAUUUUCAGUAAGCCAGGACCAGUUUUCUUCUUCUCGUAGCGUUUGAAUAGGUCGCAACUGCGGACGUACUCCUCGACCAGUCGAUUCCCUGAAUCCCGAAUCUGCACAUUGCUCCUGCCCUUCUGAUUCCUGCAUUUGCGACGACAGCAGUUGUAAUUAUGAAUUGAAUUUUAACUUUAAAAUACCUGACUCACCCGAGUAGAAUGUGCCUGACGGAUUUGUUGUAGCCGUUUAUCUUUCUCGAAUGAACCUGCGUGUUGGUGGAAUUAUUUGCGCCGUAGAAUUCGAUUGUCGGAUAUUGAUUGAGCCAAAUGACUCGAGUGACAUUCGUUAGCUGUGCCAGGACUGGGUCCGGUUCCGUCAGAUUUCCUUCGUAACACCGAUGGUCCCGGUGUUGAACGCGCAACAUGUGCUACAGGGCCAUAUCUGAUUAGUAAAUAGAGAGAUUCGAAACAGAUACCCUUGCUGAAUUGACGUAAUCCUUGUAGGACUUAGUAAAAUAAAGGAGGGUCUUUCAAUUGGUGUAGAAUGGGUCCAUUGGAGUACCAGCUAUUUACCAUUGUCAUUGAGAAAGGGAUGCCAUUUAAACGAGAGUCGUAGUCCAAGGAUUUCAUUUGUAACUUCCAUGUCACCUUGGAACAGUAGAGGAGCGUCACUUGGGUGCAUUAUCAGGUCGUAAUCUGGCAUCACCUAAUUCAAUUUCAUUCAUCAGUUCACUGUCUCCCCCAUCUAAUUGUAUUGGCCUUUUACCCUGACAAAGUUGAAAAACUGUUGCCGAAUUCUUGAAUCUCCCAUGAAUAGCAAAUGCAAUGGCCCAUCAACUUGGUUGCCGCCCAUCGAGUCGAGGGACGACAAAUUGUUGAAGAGUGAAGCCAGUCGGAAACAUUUCCUGUCAAAAGGCGAGCUGAAUAAUAACAAAAAUGGCAGAGCUAUGGGAGCCAUGCCUUUGUAAACUAUAUCCUUAUUCUAACAAACCGCCUGGCAUAUAAUUCCCGUCAGUAUGUGCACACAUCACCCAGCACACUAUCAUAGAUUGUCUAACAACACGAAUAAUGGCCAACUGUGAAAGUCCGUACCCCAAAUUAACAUACACAAUUUUCGUCUUGUAUGAAUUUUCAUUCCGUAAAUCCUACGAGAUGCGCAUUGAGUUUCGACUGUAUUAGUGUCACCACCAGUCGAUCCAAUGUUUGCGAACUCAUCAAUCAUUUUCGUCGUUGUUGGUUGACGUGCGACAGAAAAUGAAACUUGACAAUGCGACCACUGACUAUCGGUUUUCUUAUAGCAACGGAAUUUCAGAAUUCAAUAUCAUAGCAGUAAGACAUGUGGACAGUCGACAGGAGCUUGUGAAACAAAUCAAAGUGCUGAAUUACAAAUUUGAAAAGAUUUUCUAUGCAUCAAUGAACCUUGACUUUCAAGUCGUAGCCGAAAGAGCCGGACAAUUUUAAGAGUUGAGAUCAUUUGUCCGUAUUAGUCUCAUUCAAAAGUGGUGAUUUGGGUGGUGAUUAUUUUACUUGCAUGGCUAUUAUUGGCCAUCGAUGGGAGGGUUAACUACUUCGUAUAGAUUAAGUCUUACUCAAGAUAUUAGCAAAAAUAAAAAAUGGAUUUGAAUCGAUUGGACGGUCAAUGUACAGCAAAGUAAAUUCGAGAUUUCAAAUAAAACCCAUUGAUUUUUAAUCUUGCUAUGAAUGAUUGAUAAUGUAGGAAAACAUUUUCGAACAGCUGACAGGCCUAUCCUCCAAACGGGAAAUUUACAUCAAUCGUUAAUCCAUUUCAAACAUGACUAUGCCAACAUGUUAAAUAUGCCCACGGUAGUCUUCUCGUUUCCACAACAAAUAGUUUGUUUUACGUCAACGAUUUUUUUACUUGGUCAAUUCAAACUCGAUUAAAGGAGUUGUACUUGCAGCGUUUUCCAUGCAGUUGUAUCUGGAUUCGUGUUGGAGAAAGUUCAAUCUGCAGGCUCACGAUGUCUUAUUUAGCUUUCAUAAUAUUUUUCACUUGGCUGUUCAUUUCUAUUCGCAGUUCCUCAUCCACGCACAAUCCGCUAAAUGGACAACAUCUCCAAGCCAUCUGGACACUUUGGAGUGGAAAUCCCAAAGGACUAAAUGGACCGCUGAAAGGAGGGAUAAUUCUCGAUAGCCUGUCGUCACGUUUAAAUUUCACGUAUGAGAUGGUUCGAGUGACAGAUUUCAGACUGGAGCCAUCAUCAGAAAAUGGGCGAGGACUUUUCAACUAUUUGUGGGAUCAACAAUGCGAUGUGCUGGCACAAGAUGUGUUGCCUACCUUCCAGCGCAAUAAAAUCGUCGACCUGACAACCUAUUGGCAUUACGGAGAUUAUGUUUUCCUUAUUCCUGUACCCGUUGAAACGGCCAACAUCAACUCAAUCGUCAAACCUUUCCAAUGGCCGGUAUGGCUAGGACUAGGAAUAUCGAUCGUUUGCACCAUCGCAAUUUUAAAUUUAAUCCAGCGCUACUUGGAAUAUCGAUCGACAAUCGAGGCGGAUUUGAGACAAAACAAAACACCACAGUCUGGAAAUUUGACGAACGAUGGCAAACUUCCUGUCAAGAAAUGGCAAAGCGGAAAGCAAUACCUCUACGUCUUCGGCAAUUUGCUGUCGCAAGGUGGCUUCUGCCCAUCGAAACGGUUACCCUAUCGACUAGUCGCUGGCGUUUGGAUCCUGGCCGCUUUCAUCUUCGUCCAGGCCUACACAUCCACUCUCAUCACUUACGUCGUGACGCCGGUCCAACAGCCGCUGAUCAAUUCCGUCUACGAUGUCGCUGGUAGUAGCGACGUGAAUUUACUUGUCAGAGAAACGGGUCUUUUAAAUAUGUUACUUUCGACCAACAAUUACACGGGACUCUUUGCGGCAUUGCGAAGGAAACUCGACUCGUUCCCUAAUUCUCGGUGUGUAUCUCCUUCUGAAUGCACCAGUUUUAUGUCACCAACUUCAAGAAACGUUUUCGUUGAUGGAAGAGCUUUUAUAUUGGAUGAAAUCAGAAAAGAUUUUAAAAAGACGGGCAAAUGCAACUUUCAAAUAGCGAAAGAAAGUUUCAUCAGCGCCACGGCAUCGUUUGCUCUUCGGAAAAACAGUCCCUACACGUCAGCCAUAAGCCGAGGGAUACUGGAACUGCUGCAAAUUGGCCUGGUCGACCACUGGGACACGUGGUUCCGACCCAUGCCGCCUCAAUGCAACGGAAAACCGCAAAGUGGAAACAAGAAAAAGAAAACAACAACUCCUCUUUCCCUGAAAAAUUUGACAGGCGCAUUUUUAGUUUUACUUGUUGGACUGAGCCUUUCGAUUUUGUCUUUUCUCAUCGAAAAAAUCAAUUCCGUCUCUAAAUGUCGUCGCAGUCGCAUCGGGAAUUAAGGUUGCAACGAGACUAAAAUUACACAUUCGUGUAGCUGUCGAAAGAUUUAACAGAAGAAGAAGAACCCACGUUUAUCGUUGCAAUAGGUUGUAGUAUAAUUAUUAUAGUUCAAAGUUGUAUUAUAGGAAUAGUUGUAGUGUUAAUAUUUGUAAUCAUUGGAUGAUCACGAGCACAAUCUUAAAAUACACAAUCAAUAGCUGGAUUCCU